AUAGUUUCAACAAAAAGGGAUCAGUUUAUUGAAACUCUGCUGCAAUUAGCGUGGUAAUACCAUCAUUUAAAAUAGUAGUAUCUCUGGUUGGUUGCCCAUUUACAUGAAUUGUGAAAUAAGUCAAGAUACGGCGCAGUUUUUUUCCAAGAAAGAUCUCGCUGCGGUGGCGGAAUAGUCCGGUUAAAAAAUCAGAACCAAUUAAGAAGAGAGAAUCUCGACAAUCACUAAGUUGCGUACAGAGGUGUACCUAAGCGUUUUUUUGAGAGAUAGAAUUUAUUGAAAAUCUGCCGAGAAGAUUCCAACCGCCGCCUUGAGAAAGGGGAGUAAUUGAAGAAGGGUCUAGGAGAACACUCUCGCCCAAGUUUUAACGUCAGUGUUUUUUAUUGAUAGUUCAAUCGGGGUUCAAUAUGGGCAUACAGGAACUGCCGAAAUACAAAUGGGGUUUCAAGGAAGUCAAAACACCUGCUAUGUGGAAAGCAGUGGCGGGCGAAUUUAUUGGAACUGCCAUUCUUCUUUUCACCCAUUGUCAGUUAACUAUCCGAUGGCCCAGGUUUCCGGAAGACGGCAACAUCGUCCAGAACGCUCUGGGCACUGGUUUCACGGUGGCGUCCAUCAUCGAGGGGUUUGGUCAUCUGAGCAGGGCGGUGGUCAACCCCGCCAUCACGUUGUCCUUCGUUAUAGCCAGAAAGGUGUCGCCAACGCGAGGCUUAUUCUACGUCCUGGCGCAGUUACUCGGUGGCAUUGCAGGAACAGGACUCUCUUGGCUUGUCACCCCGACGGAGAGAGUGGGUAACUUUGGGGCCGUGUUCGUGCACCCAGAUAUUACGUUGUGGCAAGGUUUUCUUAUGGAGACGUGCCUCACCUUCAUGCUGGCGUUUGUCAACCUGGCUUCCAUCGAUGAUCGUCUGCGUCCCGUCAACAUGCCGUCGGUGGCAGUGGGUCUUCUCGUCUGCGUGAUGGUCUUUACCGGGGCAACCCAAACUGGCGCCUGUAUGAACCCCGCUGUUGCUAUGGGACCCCACGUGAUCCUGAACCAAGGCUGGAUGUGGGCACAACACUGGUUGUACUGGGUCGCUCCCUUCACCGGCUCAGCCAUAGCAACCGUACUGUACAUGUUUUUCUUCACCUGGGGUGUCAAAAGUCUCGAAUUUCCAGACGGCGACAAGGAGGCUGACCCCUACGCUGAGACAAGAAACGAACUACUGGACGACAUUAUUCACGCUGUCUCAACCACGUAUAAACAACACGAAGCCCGCAGUCUGAGAGAAAGCAACGGUAAAGCUGACCGAGGAAAAGAUUCGGAACCCAGACCUGCCUUCAUUGCCCUCCAAGAUGUUAACAGCUUUCCUAGUUAACUUGCACGACGAACAAACAAAUAAAUAAAGACGGAAACGUUUCUUUGCUUAAAUGUUUGUCGGGGAAAAAAAAUCGCCCGAAAAAAUAGGGCGUUAUUUGUUACGGCUAUUGUCGACGAACAUAUGAAAGAUAUUCCAUAAGGAUUGAGUUGUAUUAAUCCUCUUAACUUUGUAUUCAGAGGGCUUGAUCUUGAGCUCCAGACAUAAAGGUUGUCCACGCCAGUUUAUACCAGUUCUAAAUUUUGGUCAUCUCGCUCACCUGACGACACUGAACAAAAGUUUUGGGACCAACAUUUCUUAGCUGAUUAAUCAAAGCAGACUGCGGUUACCUGUAAAUAGUUUUUAUACUCUAUACAAGUGAAGAUACAUCCUAAAAACACCACUGCAUCAAAAGUAGUCACGAUAGUUUAACAUCAAGUUUAAUGUAAGGGUUUGUCAUGGCCGCCAGGUAGAAGUACCAGCUAGUUUGUUAACAUCAGACAUACCGGUAGAUAAUAGUGUUUGAGUAAAAUAUAGGUCUACAGGGUCACAUUGUCAUAUUUUAUUCACAUAUAUUUCAUAAAAUCUUAGAAAUAAAACAUUUCUUGUACCUCC